GGACUCUGCAGGGGGAAGCAGCUGUUGUGCUGGUAGUUUUUGAUUUGGAAAAAUAGCUGAUGGAGAAAGGGUUAAGCAGCUCUCCCCCCCCUACUCCUAUUCAACCUUCCUCCUAGAGGUAUUUUCACUUUAAAAAAACAGUGGCAUGCAUGAGAUUUGGGGAACUUGCAGACAGGUGCUUGUGGGAUGGGUGCUUUUGAUGUAUGCAUUUUUGCGGUUUCCACACAACAUUGUUGGUACUGUAUAAGAAUGGCAGCCUGUAUUCUUCCCCCAACCUCAUCAGGAUUUAUCCUGUCUGGGUUUAAAAUAUAUCUAUAUAUCUAAUUAAGUUUUCUAAAAAAUUUCCCAACAACUCAAUACAAAUCCCUGUCUGGAAGCACCUAUCGGGUUUGCUGUACAGGUGGAUUUCCCCAGUAACACAUUAAUUGUUGAUUCCCCAUAAGCAACUUCCUGAAUUUUUGCUCAAUUUUUUUUUAAAAAAACUUCCUCUUUAUCUAUAGCUUACAUUUUGCAUAUGAAGAGUCAUGUUAAUAGGAAUUGUUGCUAACUAAAUCUGUAAAUGCAUGCUUCUUGUAACGUCCAUAUGAGCAUGUGCCUGAGAGUGGCUAUGACUGCUAGUUCGGACAGAAAAUGAAUUGGGUUAACAUAAUAUCCUGUAUGAGGUUUAUCUUUUGUGAGUUGCAAAAGGUUGGGGUUAAUUAAGUAAUUCUAAUUUAUAAAUUUUAUAUAAUUAAAGUUGUUUCUGCAUAUUUGCUGCUCACUGAUUUUGGUAGUUCUCUAUAAAUUGUUGAUGAAACUGCAACUCUAAACCUGAAAGUGAGGUCUAAACUUUUAAUGUUCCCAGAUGAGCCACUAGCUUCCAAGGAACUACUUGGAAUGACUACUUAGCUUAAAAUGAUAAUAAUAAUAAUAAUAAUAAUAAUAAUAAUAAUAAUAAAUUAUACCCCGCCCAUCUGGCUGGGUUUCCCCAGCCACUCUGGGUGGCUAAAUUUAUUUAGUUGUGUAUAUAAAUUUCUGUAGGGUGAGCACAAGACAGAAAAAGGCAAGCUUAUUCAUCCAAUUAAUUUCAGUGGGACAUCAACACACAUUUUCUGGUUAGAACUUGUAUCUAUAGUUGUAAAAUUACAGCAUAAAGAAAUCUUGUUUUUUGAGAAGACUAACAGUAUGUUAGUGAGGAGCCAUGUUAUGUUAACCCUAAUAUACUAGUAUAUUCUGUAACUUUUUAAAACGAAUUCGAGUCAAUUUAAGUGAGAUGCAUUAGAGCAGCUCAUAUACUUUUAGUGUUCUCGGCUUUGGGGAAUUUUUUUUUUCUGAUCUGCUUACGCUUUCUUCUGAUACACAGCAGCUAGAAGCAUCCCUUAUAAUGAAGGCAAGAUUGGUGCUUGUUCAUUGUACAUUCCUUUUACUUUCACACAAGGUUGUGAAACCUCCAUGGACAAUUAGUGUUAACAUUCUAUAAUUAUAUGUCAUUUACGGAAGUAAAGUUUUGCUUUGUUUUUGUGGUCUCCAGUAGUUGACCGCUAGAUUGUAUGCUGAGCACUGUGAUCAUUUAUUUAAUGGGCUAGUAUCUCUUAGUGGUAUCUAUAGGGGUAAUCCAACAAAAGUACGUAACUCAUUGAGUUCCAUUGAUUUCAGUGGGCGAGAGGUUUUAGGAUGUUUGUAAUCAACAUGCAAAUUAAUAUGUAAUAAUACUGUAUAUUUAAGCAAGUGUAUUCACUAUUGUAUUUUGGAGAGCUGAACUUUCAAAAGCAUGUAAAGCGGAAAACUUUUAAUAAAGAAUUAGGCGGGGGGGGGGGGGAGAGGAUAGACCUCCAGGAUACUUUAGGUAUAAGACAUUAUGUUUUGUCAGGGUUGGGCAACCAUUGGAACCUUCCAGUCUGAUAAGUCUACAUGACUUUUUGCUAGUCAUUGUGGCAUGCCAUUUAUUUUUUAUUUGUAUUGUUUUCCUAAAGGAAUUGCCAUCAUCAAGACAGCCACACACUGCUGAGGCAGGGAUUCUGUUCCGCCCAGGAACCUAGCCGAGAAAGGCCACAAAAUUUAUCAGCUUAUUCUUUCCAGCCACCAACCCAAAGCCCUUUUUUCACCUUCUAAAACACAGGACAAUUGUGAAAUCUUCCCCAUGAGUGUCAGUAACCUCCCAUCCGUGACCUCUAUGUAUCAACCAAGCAUGUUUAACUAUGAGCGUCCAAAACAUUUUAUCCAGUCUCAAAAUACAUAUCAAGGGAAACCACAGCCUCCAGGACCAGAAACCUCUACUACGCUUCCAAGCAGGCAAACCAAACAGUCUUCCAUUCUAAUCCAGCCUUGUAAUCCUAAUGAGAAGAAGUUUUCUUCCUCCUCAUCGCUGAGCUCGCCAAUCUCACUCUCCUCACCUUCAUAUAGUGCUUCAUUUCCCGUAACACCUGCAUCUGCACAGUCUCCUGCUAGCUCCUCAUCUGGGCAGAGGAUUUCAUCCAUGCAUAACCAGUCCCCUGCGGCAUUCCUUUGCUCCGUGUUGCCCUCCCACUUUGAUUAUAAUAGCCAAGGUCCUUCCUCAGUGGAGUCAAACAGUUUUUCGAAGCCUAUGUACAAGAAGCAAACCAGCAGCACCAAACCAGUGCAGAAGACAUCUGACAGAGAGAUACAAGGAACAAAAGACGCCCUCAUUCAAGACUUGGAAAGGAAACUACGAUGUAAAGACAGCCUUCUCCAAAACGGGAACCAACGUUUAAGCUACGAGGAGAGAAUGGCUCGCAGGUUACUUGGACCAGAAAAUGCUGCAUCUGUGUUUGAACCACAGAGUGAAGAAAAUGUGCAGGAUGCACAGCAGCAGAACUUGGAAAGCACACGACUGCACGUUCCUUCAGCACAAGCAAGGAGCAGGCCAUCUUCAAGAGGGGAGAGGAAUGAGCAAGGGUCAAUCCAGGAGAAAUUUUUUCAACCACGUUUUGUACAAGUGCCUGAAGACAUAACAGUUGAAGAAGGAAGAUUUUGCAGGAUUGAUUUCAAGGUCAGCGGCCUCCCAACUCCAGAUGUGGCAUGGUACCUAAACGGAAGAUUAGUUCACCCAGAUGACUUCCAUAAAAUGAUCGUAUCUGAAAAAGGCUUCCACUCAUUCAUUUUUGAAGUAGUCAGGGUCUAUGAUGCUGGAACAUGGGAAUGUGUGGCUUUCAAUCGUGCUGGAGAAGCUUCCUUUACAGUAAAGCUAGAUGUCAUUGCACGAGAACACCGGAAAGCCCCAACAUUCAUCUUUAAACCUCAAAGCUCAAGAGUUUAUGAGGGGGAUUCAGCCAGACUUGAAUGUCAAGUGUCUGCUAUCCCCCCACCACAAAUAUACUGGAAGAGAAAUAAUGAAAUGGUACAAUUCAACACAGACAGAAUCAGUAUGUUUCAUGAUACCUCUGGGAAGGUUUGCUUGCUGAUCCACAAUGUAAAUAAGAAAGAUGCUGGUUGGUACACAGUAUCUGCAGUCAACGAGGCAGGAGUGGCAACAUGCCAUGCCAGAUUGGACGUGGCUACUCACACAUACAAGCCAGUUCCAAACCGCAAACCACUGAAGGUUCGACCAACUUUUAGCAAAUACUUGGCACUCAAUGGUAAAGGUCUAGAUGUGAAACAGGCUUUCUUUCCGGAUGAAGGAGAGUUCCAGCGUAUGGCAGCAGAGUCUGGACUCUAUGAGAGCGAUGAACUUUAAUUGGCAAAAGGGAAGAAACUUUCACUCCUGCAACAGACAUUUAUGAACAGCACAUGCAGUUAAGGGUUUAUUGCGCUGAUAAGCAAACAUACCUAAUAUAUUUUUAUUUAUUAUUUAACUCCUGCUCUUAGUUCUGCUGUUGUGAUUUUAUUAAGUCUGAUUUUUAUAAAUGUGUGUGACUGUAGCAAGAAGGAAAUCCAAAUGUUUGUAUUUUUAAUUUUAAAGGCCAAGAAACAAGGCCAGUGGAUGAUCAUGAAAGUGUAGAUGGUUUGAAUGCAUCUAGAUUCA